UGUUGAGACUCAGUCUCCCUCUUCAUCGGAGGUGUCUGAGGGGCGGGAAACCAGUUGCGAGUCGGGGUGAGGUCAAGCCUGAGACUGCAGAUGUCCCUCGCCCCUGCCCCCACAGCCACCCGAUGGCCCAAGGCUGAAAGAUGAACCAGAUAACUCGAGACACCCCCAUCUUGUUUCCAAAGCAAACAGACUUGGGCCCAGGGGGUGGAUGAGCAACCUCUGUCUCCUAAGCACACAAACAGGUGCUCUCUGGCCUCCAGGGGCUGCGGAGGGCAGGGCUGCACACACCAGGGCCUGGGGGACGCCUGGGUCCCAGAUAGCAGCAAGCAUCUGAGAGCUGGUCCCCAAGCCCCUGAGAGGCCUGGGGUCCAACUCCCGAAGCCCCAGCCCCUCCUCCCUCAGACCCGGGAGUCCAGGCCCCCAGUGGCUGGGCCCUGGGUCACCCCCUGCACUCUGCCCUGCAGACAUGCAGGGCAAACAGCCCGAGGGGCAGCAGGUGGAGGAGGGGGCUGCUGAGAACGGAGCGGAAGAGGACCUGGGGGGCCUCACGGCGGAGGAGCUGCGGCAGGGCCAGGAGGCGGCACUGGCCCUGGAGGACAUGCUGGCACUGAGCGCCCAGACCCUGGUCCAGGCUGAGGUGGACGAGCUCUACCAGCAAGUGCGUCCCCUGGGCCAGGGUCGCUUCGGCCGGGUCCUGCUGGUCACUCACCGUCAGAAAGGCACGCCCCUGGCGCUGAAGCAGCUCCCGAAGGCCUCCACUUCCCUCCGCGGCUUCCUGUACGAGUUCUGCGUGGGCCUCUCGCUUGGCACGCACCCGGCCGUGGUGGCGGCCUACGGCAUUGCCAUCGAGUCCACUGACUCCUACAGCUUCCUGACGGAGCCCGUCCUGCAUGGGGACCUCAUCACCCUCAUCCAGCCCAAGGUGGGCCUCCCGCAUCCCGCGGCCCAGCGCUGCGCGGCCCAGCUGGCCUCCGCCCUGGAGUACAUUCACUCCCACGGCCUGGUGUACCGCGACAUCAAGCCUGAGAACGUGCUGGUGUGUGACCCGGACUGCCGGCGGGUGAAGCUCUCAGACUUCGGCCACACGCGGCCCCGCGGGACCCUGCUGCGCCUGACCGGGCCGCCCAUCCCCUACACGGCCCCUGAGCUCUGCGCGCCCCCACCCCUCCCCGAGGGCCUGCCCAUCCAGCCUGCUCUGGACGCUUGGGCACUGGGGGUGCUGCUGUUCUGCCUUCUCACCGGCUACUUCCCCUGGGACCAGCCCGUGGCCGAGGCCGACCCCUUCUAUGAGGACUUCCUCAUCUGGCAGGCCUCCUGCCGGCCGGAGGACCGGCCCCAGCCCUGGGUCGGCCUGACGCCUGUGGCCGACGCCCUCCUGUGGGGGCUGCUGGAUCCCCACCCCCGCAAGAGGAGCCCUGUGAGCUCCAUCGAGGGCUACCUGGGACGACCCUGGAGGCAGCGGGAGGGGGAAGCUGAAGAGGUGGAAGACCAGGUCGGAAAGGAUGGGGAAUGAGAAGGGCCGGGGCGGCCGGGGCCCACACUUGCCGGGGAAGCUUGGAAGGGAAACCAGGUCCCACGUCCUGAGGUGUCCUGGGAGGUCGUGUGGUGGCCUUCUCUCCUGCCUGGUUUUGUCUCUGUCUGCUUGCUUUCCCCUUUCCCUCCUCCCCAUCUCCCUGCCUGGGCCUGCGGGGUCUCUGAGGUCCCCACCUGUCUGCGCCCACCUGUCUCCAUCAGCCCCAGAGCCUUUGUACUUGCUUCCAUCCUUUACCUGUUGUGCCUGGGGCUCACGUCCUCACCACUUGCAAACCUGUAUUGCUUGUCCCUUCAUUCUCCUGGGGCCACACCCCUCAUCCGGGCCGCUCCCCCGACUCGGUGCUCCCACCAAAUCUCCUCUGUGAUACCCAGUCCCCUCGCACUGCAGCAUGUCCUCGUGAGGUUAGCCUGUGUCCUGUGGAGCCUGAGCUCCUGGGCAGCGGGGGGCCCAGCCUGUCCUGUCCUCUGAUGUGACUCAUGCACCCUGGGCUGUCCUGGCCAUGGUGGGCAGGCAGCGAAGGCUUGUUGGAUAGACAGACCCCGGUGGCUUUGCAGCACCCCGUCCUCCCUCACCUGUCUCCUCUCCCCAGGCCUCCCUCGCUCCCCAGCACGUCCCCCUCCUCCCACAGGCUGGGCAAUGCCCUCUCGACAAGCUAUUUUAUUCUCUCAGCCCAGCCACUGCCUGCAAAUAAAGUCCACCUUGCACUCA